AUUAUAAAAAUGAGGCGUAAAAGUGAAAGAAAUAAAUCAAAAUCGUCGCCAGAAAAAAAAGUGGAGAAACCAACACGAAAAUCUACACGGAGACGUGCCAAAAGAUCACCAUCGUCAUCGCCGGAGCGCGAAAACAGCAACGACGUAGAUACAUUGACGAGCAGUGACAAGGAACCAACAGUGGCUUACAAAACGCGACUACAUGCCAGCGCAAAAGACCGCGACAACGUAGAGAACGUUGUCGAAGAACCAGAGAAAGUAUCCUCAACGGAUACAUCGGUGGUAGCCAAGCAGCAGCAGCAGCAGCAGCAGCAGCAGCAGGUCGAUGAAGAGAUUGAAGACGGCGGGUCUGUUUGGAAAGCAGCUCGUGCUGACGCGUCGCCCGGUGAGAUACCAAAGCUUAAAUUAUGCAGACAGAGAAACUUGUCCGAGACUUCGGACGUGUCGUUGAGCAGGAAAAGAUCGAGCAAAUGGCAGGAAAGCGGCAGUGAGGGUAUUGCUGAGGAGGUUGAUUCAGCUGACGAAAAGCCAGCAACGUCGUCGUCGUCCUCUUCUCACAAGACGAUGACAACGACAACGCUUGGUGGCGAUGAACCGGCUGAUGAUCCCUCGUCAACGAUUCCUGCUCGGGACUCCGGCGAAGAGGUAAGUGAUUGCAAGGAGUUCCUGUCCGAAAAUGCUUCGACCGAAUUGUCUCACGAUAAACAAAACAUAGAUAGACCACCGCUUGUUGACACGGUUCACGAUCAGACCAAUGAUGAGUCUACGAAUACCAGUUGUAUCAAUAACGAUACCAUUGUCAGUGAGGCCAGUAUUCCUGCUGAUGACACUACGCCGGAUCAUUCCAAGACUGAUUGUUGCGUCGAGACAACAACUACUGAGGAAGUUAUUCAAUCUCAAGGAGAAAAAGUUCCUGAGGAGAAUCAAGAUGUAGCUCCAAAUUCAGAAAAUCCAGAAGUUGAAAUUAAAGUUGAAGAAGCCGAGAUUAAAGUAGAAGCUUGUACAGAAGUUGAAAAGUUGUCUACAGACAAAGAAGUAGAUGAGGAAAAAGUAACAGAGAGUGAAGAAACUAUUACAAAGGUUGAAGAAACUAUUACAGAGAUUGAAAAACCUGCUGAAGAAAUUAAACCAGUUGAAAAAAUUGAUGUUAAAAAAGAAAAUGAAAAAAUUGUUACUGAAGAAGAGGUAGAAAAUAAAGAAGUUGAUAAUGAUAAAAAAGAAUCUGGAGAGGAGGAGGAGGAGGAUAAGGAAAAAAAUGAGUUGGUAAAGGAAGAAGCUCGGAAAGAUACCAGCAGUGAAGAUGAGCGAGAAAAGAAAAAAGAUAGAUCCAGGUCGACGUCAAAUGACGAAGAGUCGAAAGAAAAUGUCAAGAGGACGCGAAGAACUACUCGUAGGAAGCAUCGCGACAAGUACCGGGACUCUUCGAAUUCUGACACAGCGGAAUCUGACGAUGAAGGGGUGAGGAAGAGUGAUAAGGAAGAGGAGGGACUUAAAUUAGAAGCUACUCCGGAGAAGUCGCCGUUUGCACAAGAAGCAACUGAAGCUACGGAUCGUUCUUCCGAGACAGAGAUCGUUUUGACUCAUCAAAAUGACAGCAUUGCUGAAAUGGAUGUUGAUGAGGUACAGAAUGAUGCUAAUGAGCCUAACACUCCUCCACCAGAGAAGUCUCAAGUCAGCGCAGCGCCGGCUUCUGUAAAACCGAACAAAGUUAAUUUAAAACGAUCUUUUACCCGCGUUGUAGGAGAGAAAGCAGAGAAAAAAGAAGUUGAUAAAAAUGAUGCCAGUCAUAAUAAGGAAAAUCACGUUAGCGGUGAUCAAGUGGAGGGAUCUAUCAUUCCAAAAAGACGUCGCUGGGGUACACUAAGUACUGAUACACCACCUACUCUUUCAAUAUCCACAGAUUCUCUUAAGGCUUUAGUACCUGGAGCGAAACCACUGCCUAUGAGUGAAGUACGUUUAUCCAAAGAUGACGAUGAGGAACGUGACCGCCGUAAGGAGAAGGAAAAGCGUCAUAGCGCGAACGAGGGGCCUGUGGAAAAGAAGAAGGACGAUGCAGAGACAACAAAAGUUGAACCCGCUAAAUCUGAUAAUCACAUAGCUGCUAGACGAAAAAUUUCAAUUGUCAAGGAUUUACCAACAAAAUCACCUAGUCCAUUACCUGCACAGCCGACUAAUGUAUUAUUGAUUAAAAAUUUAGUAAGACCAUUUACAUUGAACCAAAUAAGAGAAUUGUUGUCACGUACCGGAACUAUAGUUGAAAAUGGUUUUUGGAUGGAUAGAAUUAAAUCUAAAUGUUUUGUAGAGUAUUCAAAUGAAGAUCAAGCAUUUGAGACCAGACAAGCACUUCACGGAAUUUCUUGGCCUUUAUCAAACCCGAAAAAGCUCCAAGUAGAGUACGCGACAAAAGAAGAUAUGGAACAAGCGCGAGAAUCAUCAAAAGAUCAAGUUCCGCCACGUAAAACAGAAUCGAUAACCGCGGCAGACGCUUGGCAACCAGAAUGGGGUCGCGAGGAAAAAACCAAUUCCGCGGCUAAGGUAACAGUAGUGCGAGAAUGGGAUUUAGGUAAGGAGGAUGGACAUCAUCUGAUGAAGGAAAAGGACCGUGAAAAGAAGGAAAUAGAGAAGAAAAGGCGACAGAGGAGUCACAGUCCAGCAGCUAAUCAACACUUACCCGCCCCAGCGAGGAAGUUUAAGAAGAAAGAAGACGACCCGCCUCCAGCGAAACUGCUCGAUGAUCUUUUUAGGAAGACCAAGGCUACGCCGUGCAUAUAUUGGCUACCGCUCACCAAUGAGCAGAUUGUUGUGAAAGAAGAAAUGCGACGGCAACACAUGGCUGAGCACGCGCGUAGAUUGGAAGAGAUGAGACGCGCUGAGAGAAAUCGCGAUAGUCGACGUCGACGUAGCCCAAGAAAAUAA